AUGGCUCAGCUAACUCCUAUAAGAGGAUUUACCAACACUCCUGUAACACGAUCGAUAUGUAUGAUAUCCACUGUGGUACCGAUAAUGUUAUCGGUGUUGGCUAUAAAAUAUGUAGUCAAGUUUGCUAUCGAUCCUUAUAUCAUUCAAUACAAUCAAUUCUGGAGAGUGGUGACCUAUCAGUUAUCAGUAGUCAAUGAAUCAGACUAUUUAAUUACGGUAUUAUUAUGGUUUCAGUUUAAAGUUUUAGAGAGAUUUUAUGGAUCACGAAAGUAUUUAAGUAUUAUAACAUUGUUCACUGUUUAUAAUGCAAUUGCAUGUCUAUUUAUCAUGAGUCUAGGACAGUUGUUGCUUUAUUACAUAUUAUUUGUUGUCAAAGUUUUUAUCAUGGGGUAUGAUCAAGAUAGCAUUCAUUAUAAUGUAACUUUUCUAAAUGAGAUAAUACCAGGACCAUUGGGUAUACUUUCGUCUUUGUAUGUGUGCUAUGGAGCAAACAUCCCGGUAUCGUACUAUUUUAAAAUAUUAUUGAAGGAUCCAAGAAAUGCAGAUCAGACUGAAACUAGUUCCCCUAGUAAAGAGCUAAAUUUGACAAACCUUUUCCCUAUACAUAUAUUAUACACUAUUUUGAUACUAAACAACGGGUUGCGUUCAAUCAUUCCAUGUCUAGUUGGUUUAUUGAUCGGUAAGUUGUACGUUUACGAAUUGCUCCCUGGAGGAUCAUCGUGGUUGUUAUCAAAUACAGUGUUCCGGUUAUUUAUAAACCCAAUUAAAAGAGCAGGUAUAUGGUUAGAAGCCGGUAGGAGAAGACUCUCGAUUAGAUAUGAAAGAUUGAGUGGUAGCGAAUCGCAAGAAGCAGUUGAAGAAGAGGAACUUAAUGAAAACAACGACGAGCCUGAUGAUAAUGAUGAAAUUUUGGAUGAGACAAGACAACAAGAGAAUCAAAUUAGAGCAGAAACCCCAGUUAGACCCUUGGGUAGUCAAUUUCUCGAUACCUUCAGAACAUGA